CUCAAAUUGACUUCAGUAGGUUACUAAAAAUUGUAUCACCCCGGUAUACUACAUUUAUUUAGUUUGUGGUUAUGAUCAUAUAAAAAGGUUUUGAAUUAUUUAAAUAAAUCAGUCUGGAGAGUUUUCUGUGCCAAAGAUGAAAUCCCUAGUGCUUGUGUUUGUUUUCGCCCUAGUCCUUAUCGAAUCCGAAGGUAUUGAAGAUUGGCUGAGUCAUGAAUUAUACCCGUGCAUUAAGUGUCUUUGUCAUGCCAGAUCUGGAUGCUGGAUAAGACAAAAUUGUGCUAGAUAUUCAAUCGAUUUUAACUACUGGAAAACAGCCGGAUCGGUAGUGGCUAAUUUAGAUGACCUUCCCAAUGACAAAAACAGUUACGAGAGUUGCAUGAAGGAUGAAAAUUGCAUCGUUGGAACUAUCAUACAAUUUACUGAAAAAUUUGGUAGGAUUGACUGCAAUUGUGAUGGAGAAUUUGAUUGCAAGGACAGGGCAGCCAUUCAUCUAAAAGGAGCUAAUUGCGAGUAUCCCGAAUUUGGGGCAGCUUACGCAGCGCGGUUCAAUGAGUGUGCGAAAGAAAUUGGAGUUAACACAAUGCUGGAGAGGGAAGGAACCAGCGAGUGUACAUCUCCCAAAAUUGAUGUUAGAUCUAAUUGAAUAUUAUAAUAGAAAUUAUGUACAGGAAUAGUAAUAGUACACCGAGUGUUUUGUGAAAUAUUAAUUAAGUUAUAAUUUAUUGGAAUACAUUUUUAAAUACG